UUCAAUUUCAUUUCGAGUCCUUCAUUGUGUCUUUCGCGCCAUCGAUUAUCUUUCGAUAAUGCUCACUAGAAUACAGUGCCCAGGCGUUUAAUAUGAAAAUCAUAUGUGCUGGUUUCUGGAAAACCGGCACAAAAAGUUUGGCGGAGGCUUUGACAAUACUUGGGUACAAAGUAUAUGACUAUGAUUAUCAACUGUUCGAAUUUCCUGAGCUGUGGAAUAAGUUAUUUGACGGGACAACUACUGACGAUGAAAUUCGCGAAGAAUUAAAGGAUGUUGACGCUAUCAUUGAUGGACCUGCAAUUGCAUUUUGGGAAGACAUAUCGAGUGCGGUUCCAGAAGCAAAGGUAAUCUUGACGACAAGAGAUGAAGAUAAAUGGUACAAUAGUUUACUCGGAAUGGUGAAUAAAACUCCAGCGAUUUUGAGAUAUUCCUACCCUUUAAUAUUCUUGACACCAACAGGAAGAAAAUUUCUUGGAACUGGUUUGCGAGUCUGGUUCUAUUGCUUUGGUGGCGGCAGUCCUAUGUUUAUGACGAAAAAUCCAGGACUACACAAGCGUAAAUUUCGUCAACACAACUGUUACGUUACUUCUUCCGUUCCAAAGGAAAAGCUUCUAGUUCUCAAUGUUGGAAGCGGGUGGGAACCUUUGUGCAAAUUUCUCGGAAAAGAUAUCCCAGAUAUUCCAUAUCCACACAAAAAUAAGGACGCCUCACAUCAUACAACUGAAGGAGGUCCUCAGCACCCUAAAAUCAAGCAAUUAAUGCUAGAGUUCAUGCUUGUAUUGGGUAUAUUUGUAAUACUCGUUUCUUACAUUUUUUACUUUCUAUAUAUUUACAUUUGCACAUGAAAAAGUUAAUUCAAGACUACCGGAAAAGCAUGACCGCCUGCACGCACAUAAAGAGAGCGGACGCAGGACGAGUUUACAUAGUUGGAGUUAAUGAAGUGUACUGGGCUCUUUCAGCAUUACGACCGGGGCUGGGAAGUUGUAUGGAAUCACAGCGACUCCAGCUCCAGCCACAAUGUACUCAAACUAUGGCUCUAUCUCCAGAGCUUUAUUUAUCCGUUUGCGCAAGGCUUCGGUUCCGGCUCCAUAGCCAUUGUAGUUUUUAACCACUAGCAUGGAAAAUCAGUCCGAAAUGCAAUCCGCGGAAGCUGGACUCAAAAGUGUGAUACAAGGGUUUUUCAUUUUAAAAUUAAUAUUAGAAAGAGCGAUGCUCAAAUAUAUGGACACGAAAAUCAAAGAGAAGAAGUAGUCGUCUACCUUAUAUUUUACAGUACCGGUACCGCCAAAGAACUUCCGACAUUCGCGUCGCACGAGAGAAGCUG